ACGCCCGCGCCGCCGCGCCACCCCGUGACGUCACGACGCCGCGCCGUCGCUGUCGCGCUUGUCUUUCCCUAGUACCUUGAGCUGUAGCUGUGGAUUUUCACGGGGUUGUCCUCAGUCAUGGCCUUGGGUCUGAGAUGCUUCCGCUUGGUGCACCCUACUGUUUGCAGCUCCCUUGCGGCCUUCACCAGACCCGUGUCAGAAGUUCCACGGAAGGCCCUGACUGGAAGACAGAGCGACUGCCAGCAGUACUUAGCCUUUGCAGUGGUACCGAGCCGUGACUUUGCCACCAAGAAAGCAAAAGCCAAAGGGAAAGGACAGCCCCAAACCAGAGUGAGUCUUAAUACUGCCUUAGUUGAAGAUAUAAUCAGCUUGGAAGAGGUGGAUGAAGAAAUGAAGUCUGUGAUGGAAGCACUCAAGGAUAAUUUCAAUAAGACUGUCAAUAUAAGGACUGCACCAGGCUCCCUUGAUCAGAUUUCUGUGGUAACUGCUGAUGGGAAAGUUGCUUUAAACCAGAUAGGCCAGAUCUCCAUGAAGUCCCCACAGCUGAUUUUGGUGAAUAUGGCCAGCUUCCCAGAGUGUACAGCUGCAGCUAUCAAGGCUAUAAGAGAAAGUGGAAUGAAUCUGAACCCAGAAGUGGAAGGGACGCUUAUUCGGGUCCCCAUCCCCAAAGUCACCAGGGAACACAGGGAAAUGCUGGUGAAACUGGCCAAACAGAACACCAACAAGGCCAAGGAAUCUUUACGGAAGGUUCGUACCAACGCAAUGAAUAAAUUGAAGAAAUCCAAGGACAAGGUCUCAGAGGAUACCAUCAGGCUCAUAGAGAAACAGAUCAGCCAAAUGGCCGACGACACGGUUGCGGAGCUGGAUCGGCAUCUGGCCGUGAAGACCAAAGAGCUCCUUGGGUGAAAGACCACCAGAGCCCGCUGAGCACCAAGGCCUGAUUCUAGUGGAGCCCUUGGGUGGCAAAUCAUCGCCUCUCUUCCCUGUUCACCCGGGAGACUGUCACAGUUCAGCCUUGCAUCCUGUGAGGCCCAGCCUUCCUGUGGGACACCCAGACCUGCUCAUGCUUCCUCCCACCCCUUCCCCCGCCCCCCCUCCCCCCUAGCUCUGGGCCCCUGGAGUGGGUCUCCUUCAGAGGCUUCAAGGGCCUUUACUUGGGUCAUUUGCCUCGACUGUGACAUUGCCAAGUGACAAGGACCCUAGACAGGUUUUGUACUGCCUGUUCCUCGUUGCAGGAAUCUCCUUAUCAAAUGAUGGGUCUGGCCCUGUCCCCAACUUGAACUCUGCUGGGACCUUCACCUGCAACUGGAAACCUUUGCUGGAGGCCAUCACACCAACUACAGCUCUGAAUAAAGUGGAAGCGUAACCACCCUGGAGAGCGAGAGUCGGUCUGAAUCCCUGUUCUCCGAGGGCCUGUCUGUUGCCCAUGCCCGCCUGUGCCGGGUCAUCUUCACACUCGCUCCUUCUCUGCCUGGUCGGCCCCUCCGCCUCCCUCCUGGCCACUUCUGCUCAUCCUUCACGGCUCAGCUCCUAUCGCGCUUCCUCCAGGAAGUCUUCCUUUUCCUCCCAGCCCCUGUUAUCGCGGCUCAUAGCACUGUCCGCUGUUCUUAUCAGAACCCUAAUUGUUUGUGUGAUAGCUGGUGUGUACAUCUUCAGUUCCUCGGAACUUGGCCUCAUGCCGGGGACAUAGUAGGCGUUCAGGGUUGUCGAUGAGUUGCACGUAGCAGCUACUCAACAGUGCCAGCUCCUUUUCCUUUCUCCCCAAGCCCUGGCACUUUCAUCUUCAUUUUCCACCCUUGUCUUUGUCCUCAGCAUUUGCUUGGUAAUGUGACCACCCCCCCCAAAGGCCCCCACAGGCUUGUUGCAGCCCUCUUUGGGUGCUGAGUAUUUCCGCCCCUCUGAUAAUUUUCCUUCUGUGGCUCAUUCAUUCAUUUGUUCAUUCUAUAGCCAUUGUGACCUAGAUGCUGCUCUAGGCAGUAUUUUUAAUCUUCACAGUGAACUUACAAGGCUUAUAUUAUUUCCAUUGUAAAUAGGAAAACUGAGACUUGACAGUAUUAAGGUACUUGCCCAAAGGAACGAAGCUAGUCAGCGGUAAGAGCCUUUUCCUGUCCGUUGUCCGCCUCGCCCCACAGAGGGCAGGUUGCUCAGAGAGGAACCCACAGCUAGGUCCACAGACCAGCGUUCAAAUGGUGGGAUCCCCUUCUUUCAUAAACGCUCAGCACCAACUAUGUACCAGCUUGCAGGCUAUGCCUGAGAAACACAAGGUGGGUAAGGAGGGAGCCCUGUCUGUGAGGAUCACCUGGCGCCCUGGAUGAGUGCCUGUGCCGGGGGAGGGGUUAGUUCAUAUUCCAGUUCUGCUGUGUAUCUGCCUUUCAAUCAGAAGCCUGGGCCCAGUGUUCUGCAGAGCAGCGUCCGGCUGGUCUCCAAUACGUUCCGCCCCCCCUCCCCCCGGGGUGACAGCAGGAGCACUGUGACUCGUAAGGCCCGAGCACACCACAACAGUGUGGGAUUCAUGAGCAGAGCCGAUUCAGAGACGAGAGAAGCCAACACAGUCUGCUGGCCUCCGACCUAUCCUCGCUCAGACCCCAUUUGCCAGCCCCGAGAAGCCAUCACAAUCGGAAGUCAGCUGAGGGAGAACAGGGAUAGAAAUAGCAAUCAAGGAGUCUUUUUGGGGGGUAAGCCACAUGGCGAGGGCUUUGCGAGUCUCUCGUGAGUGGCCGAAAUCCCCCAGUCACUGCAAAUGUGCUUCUCAAAGAUGCAGGAUUUUUUAAUAAACAGAGGAAAUGAUAAAUUAUGUUGUAACUCCACUCCAAAGGCAUUUGGUUCUUAACAGCCAAAUCCUCUGUAGUCUUUAAAUAAACAAAAACUUAUUUGGUGAACAGACGGGGGGAAAAUGAAAGAUUUUCUGUACUUGGGUCCCACAUGUCAACAAUUUCUCUCCUGUGUGUAUGUUGGCCAAAGCUGUAUAUCAUGAUAAAUGAAUAAAGGAAAACCUCGGGCCCAGGGCAGUCAGACAACUCAGCAAAUGGCUUUCAGCUGAUUACUCUGUGUCAGCCGACCUCUAUCAAAGCUCCUCUGUUUCUCUGUCACGGCUGCGGGGUGGCAGGGAUGAGAGAGAGACUACCUGUUGGGAUGUGCUGAGUAAUGAGUGGUGCUAGAGCAGUCUAAACCCCCCCCCCAACUU